UUGGUCCAUUUGCUCAGCGGGCCCUCCAUAAUAGACGCCAUCUUAGCACCGAACCGGCACCGCCGCGCACGCCGCGCACUCGGAUGGCCAGCAUUCCCGGGAAUCAGAAAGCUACACACUCUGAAAAUUCCCAAGGGAAGAAGUCCCAGCAUGCAGAAGAAGCCAUUUUUUACAUGAACUGCAGAGCAGCUUACCUGAGUGUCUUAAAAAGCAGCUUAGAAAAUAUUAAAUCCAAGGAACAACUCAGUUUAGUACUUCAGCAGGCUGGAAGAAAUCCUUCUCGGAGGACCAUUAAUAAAUACUGGACUUCACAAACAACUUCACUGAAUUUUGAUGAUUUUUGUGCUAUUUUAAAAAAAGAAAAGCCAGCUACAAAAAAUGAACUGCUCGAAGCAUUUGGAAAAAUAGACACAGAUAAAGCUGGAUAUGUUUUCCAUGAUGAACUUUAUAAAAUUCUUACAACAAGAGGUGAUAAAAUGACCUGGGAGGAAGUGACCAGCAUUACCAAACAAGCUGAUUUUAACUGCAGUGGCAAACUUGACUACAACAAGUUCUGUGAGCUGUACCUGAGCACCCGUGAGCAGUGCUGCAAGGCUGCAAGGGACAGGCUGGAAGUUGACCCUCGAUUGAGGCAGCAGCAGUUUGGGAAUCAAACUGAGAAUUCCUCUGAAGGGAUCCCAGUGCCGGUGUCCAAAGCAUCCCCGAGGAUCUCCAGGAAAAGCGAUCACAAACUGGCUAACGGUGACAGCAGAGCUCCUUCAAGACCUUCAUCAGCUCAAAGUGGCAAAGCUUCCAGCUCCACCACUGUCACUGUGGGUGCCAGCAGCAGCAGCAGGAACACAAAGCUAAUUAUUGAGCCUGACACAAUGAAGGAAUGGCAAUGUGUACAAUCCAAAGGAUGCUUCUACCUGGAAGAAGAUGGGGAAAUCAUCAGUCACAAGUACAGGCUGCACUUACCCCAAAGAUCUGCAGUUUGUAUCACCAUCAAACCUUUAAAUAUUGCCCAAGCAGAAGGAAAAUCUUGUCGCUGGUUGUCAGUGGAUACAGCUUUGUUUAUUCUGAAGGAAAAUGAAACCCAAGAGAAUCUACAGCUUGUGAGCUUUACUGAACUCCAACACAAAGAGAUGUUUGGAUGGAGAGGGGAGCUUGGAUCUGGGGUUUACUGGCUGCUCCCUUUCACAACUGGCUGCAGGCUGAGGAAGGUAAAAACCCAAAUUCCUGGAGAAGCCAAACUGGUGGGGAGAGAUGAAGAUGGAGAGCUGGCUCUCACCAAAGAAUUCCAAGCUGCUUUGUUGGAUAUAUUUGAAACAAUUGAUUUGGAUGGGAAUGGCCUCCUGAGUCUGGAGGAAUACAACUUCUUUGAGCUGAGGACUAGUGGGGAGAAGUGUGAUCAGGAAGCCUGGGCUGUGUGUAAGGAGAAUUUUGAGAUGAAGAAAAAUGAGCUAACAAGACAAGGAUUUAUGGAUUUGAAUCUCAUGGAAGCCAACGACCGAGAUGGGGAUCCUCAGGACCUUUGGGUCACUUUGUUGUCCCUGGGCUACAACAAAGCCUUAGAAAUGACAGAGGCCUGCCCCUUUGUCAUUGACAUCUGUGCAGAGAGGUGCAAAGCCAGGAUGAAAGCCGUUUCUCUGGAGGCAGGGGGCUCCCAGCUGAGCAGGGCUGUCUGCAGGUCUGUGGUUAAUAAAGGAGAGGCCAAAGUGUUGGAUGGCUCUGAGAACAUCAUCAUCCACACUUACAAAUCAGGCAGCAGGAUCAGCUCUGUGAUUGAAAAUAAGUCUGAAAAUAAAGUGAUAAUUCAUGUCAACAAUGAGAAGAGUAAGAACUGCCUCAACAGUAGGGGACUGACAGUUUUUGCUGUGGAAGUGGCUCCAAAAUCCAUGAUGGUCUCUCAGCACGUGAUGCCCCUCAAGGAGCAGGAAGAGUGGAUUUACAGCUGUGUGCACUCCCUUGUAGGUUAAACCUCCCAGUGCCAGGCUUGGGAGCAGCCACACUGAACCAGGAACGGCUUUAGGCAGCUUUUAGGCAAUUUAUAGUCUUGUCCUUCUCAAAAAGCUGGCAUACUGGCUUUAUACUUGUUGAUGAUCUUGGCACGAAAACACUGAGGCACAAUAAAAAUUAGUGCUGUUCAGUAAUCCAGCUGUAAUAGAACUGUGCUUCAUAAAGGCUGCUCUCCCUAGAUCUGCUCUUGAUUUCCAUACCAUGGGUUGUAGUUCCAUCGCAGGCUGGAACUGCCUGACUGAGGAAAAACUUUGUUGAAUGGGUUCCUAAUUAAACAUUCUUGUGGUUUGGAUGUGAGAAGUGUAAAGGGGUGAGGCUCAUUUUAUUUUGUCACCUGAUAAAGGAUUUGCUUCUUUCCCUUUUUUUUGGUCAUUUGCUGAUAAUCCUCAUCUUCCACUUGUUCUGUAAUUACUGCCUGAUUUUAUACUCUUUUAUAUACAAUAAAGUCUGCCUUUUCAUAUGCAAUAAGGAAAUAACAUCAUUUGGGAAAAAUGGAGGUUUGUCUUGGGCUCUUG